CGUUUCCCGCAUCUGUAUCCACUGUAAUGCAUUUAAUUUAAGAACUACAUCCCCCAGUGAUACCCACAGGCUGAUCAAUCGAGUGCGGUACUCAUCGAACUGCUCCACUCGCCCACUCUCUCUGAAUUUUCCUCCACUCGUCGCAUCUUGUCUACCAGUUCCACUGCUACCGUUAGCAAGCAAAUGAGGGAGUAGCGAGACAUUUCAUGUCUAAAUAUGUCGUUUUGCCCGUUAAGGCUUUGGGGAAAAUGAAAUUACAGUUUUUCCGUGCCAACGCGGCGCCAAGAAGACACAAUUCCGCGCGGAAAGUCAGCUUUUUCACUUCGACCUCGGUAGCUGAAAGGCUUUAGCAAGUCACUUCGUCUUGACAAGUGAGGGGCUCAGCUGUCCUCCUCCUCCUCCUCCGCUGCUGGUUCUCUGUGUGGCGGGGGGUUUGGACAAAGCAAGUCAGAUGUUGUUGUUGGACGGUGAAAAAUAUCGUCGGAUGUCAAACGUUUUGUCACCAGGUCGUGAAGCCGAAUUGUCAAGCUGAUCGCUGUCGUGGAAGAAGAGGAGAGUGGUGUAUUUUUAAGAGGGCGAGAGUUUGGAUCUCACACCAGCGUUACGAGAAAUAGUAGUAGGGGGUGUGCGGAGGAGGAAGACCCUUGUGCCAGUGAUGGCAAACGAGCCGAUCAUCCUGAACGUCUAUGAUAUGUACUGGAUCAAUGAGUUCACCAGCACUCUUGGCAUCGGAGUGUUUCACUCAGGGAUUGAGAUCUACGGCAGAGAGUUUGCCUAUGGAGGACACCCGUACCCAUUCUCAGGGAUCUUUGAGAUUACACCAGGUGAUGCAACUGAACUCGGCGACACUUUUAAGUUCAAAGAAGCCAUAGUCCUGGGCAGCACAGACUUCACAGAGGAGGAUGUAGAGAGGAUCGUGGAGGAGAUGGGGAAGGAGUACAAAGGCAACGCCUACCACCUCAUGCACAAGAACUGUAACCACUUCUCCUCAGCACUUUCAGAGAUCCUGUGUGGCAGGGAGAUCCCUCGCUGGGUCAACCGUCUCGCCUACUUCAGCUCCUGCGUGCCGUUCCUCCAGAGCUGCCUGCCAAAAGAGUGGCUGACCCCAGCUGCCUUACAGUCCAGCGUCAGCCAGGAACUACACGGAGGAGGAGAGCUGGAGGAGGCCGAGGACGUCGUGGCCACAGCCUCCCUGGCCUCCAUGUCGCCGUGCUUACCCUCGUCCUCCUCCAGCCCUUCCUCCUUGCCUCGUCAUUCCCGUCACCAGCCGCGCCGUUAGAAGGCGCCAGGUCUGCUGGGAACCGCGCGGCUUGACAUGCAAUCGGGACGCAGAACAGCCGCUAAUGAGUCAGUCUGCCCUCGAGCGACGCCCUUACCUGCUCUGGGUAAGAGCGUCGACCAAAUCCCUGCAGUGACCCAGAGCAUUGGAAUGUUCCACCUCACCACUGACAAAGGCAGGACCAACUCUGAACUGUGAACAUGGCUGACAGAUUUUAUCAUCGCAUCCAGAAUCCGAAGUCUGUCCCCCUCAAGUCCACAACAUGAUUUUUCCUGCCAGCAGGAUAAAAGAAGGUUCAUUCAUUUUCCAACCAAAGUGUUCUAGAAUUUGGGAACAUUUACCAGCCACAUCCAGAUAUUGGUGCUAAAACCAGAUAGAGGGAAUGUUGAGGAAGCAAAUGUAGGUCUGGGUCAGAUUUUAACCACAAGUUCACACCAAAGGAGUGACAUUUGUUGACUGGUUUCUUAAGUUCUUAAACUGUGGUGUCAAAUAGACUUCAAAAUACAGAUGUGGGCAGAAAAUGCACCACCUUUUUGUGCGUGAGAAUCCAGCACCAGAGUGAGAAGUUUGAUUAAUAAUUUAAAGUCACUUACGUUCAAUUGCUGGUAUUAUGUGACUGUGGCUGGUAAACAUUCCUGCUCCAGCUAUGGUUGAGAAUGUCCGAAACAUUUUGGAUGCAGUGGGUGGACGAUUUUAGACUAUGAACACUUUGCCUCAAACUGCAUUGUUUGCAACAGGACCUCAGUCUUUAGUUUCAUUGUUUUUCUCACAGAGAGAAAAAGUCUGCACAGACUUAAACCACAGCUACAAUCAGCCUCAUUCUCCACACACACAAAUAAACUGAUCCAGACACAAGUGUCUAAGUGGAAGGAAAUUCCUAAGACACAAUGCUUUUUAAUUUCCUUUUCGUUGUCACCAUUUUGUCCGUAAGAGCUCUCAACAUCCUUCCUGCAACACCUGACAUAAUAAAACAGUGGCACAGACUUUGAAAACGCUUCAGCCUAUAAUGUCAUAGUCACAAAUGGUUAUUACGUUUUUAAAAAACACAUUUCAGGCAGCGACUUAAUGGGGUUUAAGCCCCAGAACAAAACACAGUAAAAAUCUUUCUUAGUAGCAACUGCCAAGGUGCCUUUGAGCAAGGUACUUUACCUACAAGCAACCCAGCAGAAGACUGUGGUUGUACUGGUCUGCUCCCAGUUGUGCACGUGUGUAUAAUUUGUGAGUGUGAAGCAAAAUGUCUCUUCUUUACCUGUGUUUGUCAAGUGUACGGUCGAUGGACGUGAUGACGCCCACUGGUGUUCAGUUGGAGCAUUACAGCAAUCACAAACACAUUUGAAGGUUUUUUUUAUUUUGAGACUUACAGAUUACGUUGAGGGGGGAAAGAAAACAAUUGCAAUCAACAUUUAUUGUCUUUUGAAUCCCCUUUAAAUGUAAACUAAUCAUUUUUAUAAUACAACGCUGCUUACUCAAAUGAUGAGCACCUGACGUCAAACUCCAAACAUGCUGUUGACAACACCACGUAUGCUGCGUAACGUGUGUUAUCCCAAACAAGAGCCUUGGACGUGUUGUUGAGGUGAUGUGUUGUGCUGGAGGUCUGAGGACGAGCAGGAAAGCUUUGUUUUGGCUUGUGUUUAUUUUGAUGUAAAUAUUGUUUCUAUGGACUCUGGCCUUUUUGUCUGUUUUGUUUAUGUCUGAUAAACUCAGGACUCUAAAGGCUUUGUAACAUAAUCCUUUAAGACAUUUUUUUAUCCCACAUGUUUAUGUUUGCGUCGUCGUUCCUUUUUCUAAUGCAGUAGUCUCUCCAUAGAGUUUUUUGAAGAGCAGAGUACACUUUUAUACUCUUGAUUUUAAAAAAAAGAGGAAGAAAAAAGCUUUUGUUUACAACAUGGGUGUUUGCAUAUGAGCCCGUGCUGCUCUUUUUUUUCCCGGUUUCUGCAUGAAUGUGUGUGUGUGUGUGUGUGUGUGUAUUGGAUUUUAAAUGGUCAACAAGCGGCCAACGGGGCCACACGUCGACACAUCACACACAUUGACAUUGCCGGCUUUGGUUUUGACUUAUUGAGAAUUGAAGCAUUUGGAUUUCUUAAACCCAUUUUUUCUCGAUCCUUAUUUUCAAAUAUUUACAAUUAUAAUAUUUUGGCACAAUGGCAGAUGUGUUUAAUGACUUUGUUUUCCGAGAAAUAAACCAAACGGGAGCAGUGUGAAAGCAGGACACACUGUGCAACAAUAACAACGUUUCAUAUGAGACCAGCAUAUUUACCACAUUUCUGUUGUUUUCAGCAAAAAGGAUUCAAGUGUGUUAUGGGAUUCAUGUUAAUGAUUCUUUUUGUGUUUGUAAAUCUUAAUAAACUUGAAUUCUUAAUGCACUGACACAAACUGACACACACACUCGUAUUGGCGCCUCCUGCUGGCUGAUAUUUGUACUGUUAUUCAUCUGUAUUUCAACACAGAGACACUGAGGUUUCCCUUAACUUUCAUAGCUUCUGAUGAUGUGAUGAUUUAAUCUGAAACAACAUUUAACAUUAUUUAAUGUCAAUCACCGCUAAUGUAUUGUUUAUGAUUAAAAAAUUCUUUUACUUUAUUUACAGUCAUACAUGUCCUAUCAAAGUGUCAUUUGCCACGUGUGUGAGCUAUGAAUGUAAAGUGGAAAACUUUCAUUUGAUCUGCUGGGGAAAAACACAGACUUCAGCUGGUUUAUUGUGAUUUUUCACAAGAGGCUUCAGUGGAGCCAACAAGAUUUGUACUCUGAUGGAAAGUUAUUAAAGAGAAAUCUACAACAUGA